UGAGAGACGACCAAUCCGGCUGCCGGCUGCUCGCCCGAGAGAGGAAGCCGACAGCAACUCGGCCCCUAGGACGCGCGGGCGGAUGAGCGUGCGCUUUUGAACAUCGAGUUUUCUUCCGUCCAUUCACGUGCCCAUCCAACCAGCCACGGCCCCCGCGUCGAGGAGGUGCCCGCCCUGCGGGAGCCGAGACCGCCUACCCCGGCCGUGGAUCUAGGCGAGGGUCGGUGUCUCGCGCGGGGCCUCGCACAAGUCGCGGCCAUUUGAACGAUCCGGAUUUUUUGGUAUUUUUGGGUACCAGCAGCGGCGGCGGCUGUCGAGGCCGUCUGCGUUUGUGUGUGUGUGUGCGCGCGACCGUGUUAACGAUUUUCGACAAAGAUGAGGUGGACGGCGAGGGUACAAUGAGCCGUGGCAGUCCCGUCAAAUCGUACGACUACCUGCUCAAGUUCCUCCUGGUGGGGGACAGCGACGUGGGCAAAGGGGAGAUUCUGGCCACGCUCAGCGAGGACGGGGAGGGAGAACCGCCGGGAUUCUGCUCCGGAGUCGGCGUAACCUGUAAAACAACAACAAUCCUUCUGGAUGGACGACGUAUUAAACUCCAGCUCUGGGACACGUCAGGACAGGGAAGGUUCUGUACAAUCUUUCGCUCAUACUCCCGUGGCGCGCAGGGCAUAGUGUUGGUCUAUGACAUCACCAGCCGUUGGUCUUUUGAUGGGAUCGAGAGAUGGAUCAAAGAAAUUGACGAGCAUGCGCCGGGUGUGCCCCGAAUCCUGGUGGGCAAUCGCCUGCACCUAGCGUUCAAGCGGCAGGUCAGCACCGAGCAGGCACAGGCCUAUGCGGAGCGCCACAGCAUGACCUACUUCGAGGUCAGCCCGCUGUGCAACUUCAACAUCACCGAGUCGCUAACGCAGCUCUCCCGCAUCGCCCUCAUGCGGCACGGCAUGGAGCGCCUCUGGAGGCCCAACCGAGUGCUGAGCCUGCAGGACCUGUGCUGCCGGUCCAUCGUCUCGUGUACGCCAGUCCACCUCAUUGACAAGCUGCCGCUGCCCGUGACGGUGAAGAGCCACCUCAAGUCCUUCUCGAUGGCCAACGGAAUGAACGCCUUCACCAUGCACGGCCACUCGUACUUCCCACACACGAGCAACGCCGGGAAAAGGAGCAGUCUGAAGAAGUCUCCCUCCAUCAAGGUCACACGGCCAGUGCUGUCCCCUCCAGAGAGCUGCACGAGGAACAGCUGUAAAAUAUCUUAGUCGUCAAAACGAACCCCCGUCCUUGGGUCUGAGAACCAUUUUGUUGGCCCAGUCUUAAUGUUAUUGUGUUUCGUUCAGAGGACUCUUAGUCAUUGUUGAAAUGUUGUUCAUGGGAGAUUGUCAAAAAAAAGUAACACUUUUAAACGAUUGUAGGUCAUCCUAUGCACUUUUUGCUAUCAGUGUUUGGUCAUCUUUGUGCAGGUGUGUAUAUGUACAAGUUUGUAACCUUGUGCACUGCUUUUGUUGAAGCUGAGCAAAACAGAUUUGGAUGUCGAUAGUCAUGAUUUAUUGUGAUGUUGAAUUGACUGCAAACUUGUACAGUGUAAAUAUAUUGACAUGUACACUCAUGUACAUAUAUCUCUCUCGUAAUUUUUUCACCCUUUUUAUGGCGUAUAAAGAUCUUCCUCAAGUUGUUUUUAAACAUGGUCAAGGUGAUGUUCACAAACAAGGUCUACUAUGAGUAUUUAUUUGUAGUAGGUUUUUUUUAACGAAUUGUCACCAAGUUCUGGCUCUCGGUGAUCUUCUCUGCCUUCGGUCAUAUCCUGAAGGGGUUAUUUUUGAGCUUGAAGAUGCACCACUCUAAGAAUAUGUUUACAGGUUUUAAAAAUAUUUUAAGACAUAGGCUUACACAGCUAACAUAUCAUGUGCAGCAUGCUUAGUUACAGCAAGCAGAGCAUGGGAAACUUUGGAGGACCAUGCAAGCAACAGAGCCAUUACACAUGCAUCAAAUGUUAGCCAAUUUGAUAGCUCUCAUUUGGUUGGUGUGUUAAAUAUUGAUAUUUUUUUGUAUGUGUGAUACUUGCUGUCAUGAUGUCUUUUAAUAGUGGCAUGUGCCAACCGCAGUGUUCCGUGUGCUUGACAUGUUUAUACGAAGCGUAGAUUUGUCCACCGUUACGCAAUUGUCCAGCAAUGCACAAUGGUUUAAAACACUCGAGGUAUAAAGUGUGUGAAUAGGCUGUUGUACACUAAAAAAAAUCGCUACAGCGCUGGAAUCUGAAAAUCGCAGCCUCCACAGACAUGGCGUCUUAAAGUUAGUGGUACACACAUUUUAGUAUGCAAUCAAUUUAUGU